UGUUGCGGCGCGUGUAGCAGCGGCGUGUCUGGCUGGGUGUAUGUGUUGGGGCUGGCGUUGGGUCCCUGAGGUCUCACACCUCCCCUUGGUGUUGCAGCGGAGCUGGAGUUCGUGGAGAUCACCAUCAUCGUGGUGGUGGUGAUGGUGAUGGUCGUGGUGAUCACGUGCUUGCUCAGCCACUACAAGCUCUCUGCGCGCUCCUUCAUCGGCCGGCACAGCCGGGGCAGGAGGAGAGAAGACGCCCUGUCCUCAGAAGGAUGCCUCUGGCCCUCGGAGAGCACGGUGUCAGGUAGCGGAAUCCCGGAGCCACAGGUCUACGCCCCACCGAGGCCCGCGGACCGCCUGGCAGUGCCACCCUUCACCCAGCGGGACCGCUUCCACCGCUUCCAGCCCACCUACCCCUACCUGCAGCAUGAGAUUGACCUGCCGCCUACCAUCUCUCUGUCGGACGGGGAGGAGCCGCCACCCUACCAGGGCCCUUGCACCCUCCAGCUGCGGGACCCCGAGCAGCAGCUGGAGCUCAACCGCGAGUCGGUGCGCGCGCCCCCGAACAGAACCAUCUUCGACAGCGACCUGAUGGACGGUGCCAUGCUGGGCGGCCCCUGCCCCCCCAGCAGUAACUCGGGCAUCAGCGCCACGUGCUACGGGGGCGGCGGGCGCAUGGAGGGGCCACCCCCCACCUACAGCGAGGUCAUCGGGCACUACCCCGGGUCCGCCGCCUUCCAGCAUCAGCAGAGCAGCGGCCCGCCCUCCCUGCUGGAGGGGACCCGGCUCCACCACUCACACAUUGCGCCCCUGGAGAGCACCGCCGCCUGGAGCCAAGAAAAGGAGAAACAGAAGGGACACCCUCUCUAGGGGUCCCGGGGCCUCGGCCGAGGCAGCGGUGGGUAAAAGCAAAACACUCCGCACUUCUAAGAAGGGAGAGGAGGAUUGGGGGACACGUGGGGAACGCGCACCACCAUCCCCUCCCACCUCUCUGUGUAUAAAUAUUUACAUGUUCCGUCUGGUCUGAACGCACAAGCUAAGAAAGCUUGCAAAAAACAACAACAAAAAAAGCAAAACAAAAAACUAACAAACAUGUUUUUGUUGAGCGUGUCUUGAAGGCAAAGAGAAAAAAAAAAUUCUACCCUAGUCUUUCGUGUUCCCAGUCGGGCUUCGUGAGGGCUUACUUUCUUUUGUUUAUGACGACUUCACUUAACUUUAAAAACAUAUUUGCACAAAACCUUUGUUUAAAGAUCUGCAAUAUUAUAUAUAUAAAUAUAUAUAAAGUAAGAGAAGCUGUCUGUGCGAGGGUAGGAGUAUUUUUGUAUUAGAAGAGUCCUAUUAAAAAACACACGUUGUUUUCUGAACUCGAAGA